GGCCGUGCGCUUUCAAAUGGUUAUGAAUAUGAUAGCCACCUCCGCCCAUUCGCAACGGGUCGAUCCGUCUCGCACGGCCAGGCUCUAAUCUGACAAAGGGACCGUGUAAAUCAAGCAAAAGGGCUACGGGCGACCGGGUCCUUUCAGGGGGCGGGGGGGGUGGGGGGUUGGGAUUUCCUCCAGGAAUCCAGGACCUGCCGCAAACGUGACAAUCUGCAUGAGAAAGGACACUUGAGAGGUGAGUGGCAACCCUUGAACCCUUGGGAGGGGUGAAAAGAUGACCGUGGUGUCCCAGGAGAACCGCGACGAGACGGCGGCGGUCACUCCCUUGUUGGAGGAGCAGGAGUGUAGCGAGAGGGUGGUCAUCAACAUCUCGGGCCUGCGCUUCGAAACCCAAGUCAAAACCCUCUCGCGCUUCCCCAGCACGCUCUUGGGGGAUCCCCGCAAAAGGAUGCGCUUCUUCGACCCGCUGAGGAACGAGUACUUCUUCGACAGGAACCGGCCCAGCUUUGACGCCAUUCUGUACUACUACCAGUCCGGGGGGAGGCUGCGCAGACCGGUGAGCGUCCCCGUGGAUAUUUUCCUAGAGGAGAUCAAGUUCUACGAGUUUGACGAGGAGACGAUCGAGCUUUUUCGAGACGACGAGGGUCUGAGCAGGGAGGAGGACCGACCUCUGCCGAACAACGAGUUCCAGAGACAACUCUGGCUCCUGUUUGAGUAUCCGGAAAGUUCCGGGCCCGCUCGCAUCAUCGCCAUCGUCUCCGUGAUGGUCAUUCUGAUAUCCAUCAUCAUUUUCUGCUUGGAGACGUUGCCCGAGUUUCGCGAGGUCCCCGCGUCGGGGCAGGAGCUCCACGUCAACGGCAGCGGCCACGGCAAGGUGAGGAGUCCCUUCACGGACCCCUUCUUCAUGGUGGAAACGCUCUGCAUUGUGUGGUUCUCCUUUGAGUUCACCAUGAGGUUCCUGUCCUGCCCCAGCAAGGCGGCAUUCUUCAAGAACAUCAUGAACAUCAUAGACGUGGUGGCCAUCGCGCCGUACUUCAUCACCCUGGGAUUGGACUUGGCCGAGCACCAGGGCAGCAGCCAGCAGGCCGCCUCGCUGGCCAUCCUGAGGGUCAUCCGUCUAGUCCGCGUUUUUCGGAUUUUCAAGCUCUCCAGACACUCCAAGGGUCUUCAGAUCCUCGGGCAGACCCUGCACGCCAGCCUCAGGGAGCUGGGCCUCUUGAUUUUCUUCCUCAUCAUCGGGGUGGUCCUAUUCUCCAGUUCGGUGUAUUUUGCCGAAGCCGAGGACCCCGAAUCCGGCUUCUCCAGUAUCCCCGACGCCUUCUGGUGGGCGGUGGUGACUAUGACCACGGUGGGCUACGGAGAUAUGUGCCCCAGCACCAUCGGGGGCAAGUUUGUAGGAUCCUUGUGCGCCAUCGCCGGAGUGCUGACCAUCGCUCUACCCGUGCCCGUCAUCGUGUCCAACUUCAACUACUUCUACCACAGAGAGAACGACGAGGAGGAUCGCUUGCAGUUCGUGCACGUGACCUGCGGACAGCCGCAGACGUCGUCCGGGGACGAGCGCUCCCUGUCCAAGACCGAGUCCUACCGGGAGGAUGACUCGGAGAGCUUGACCCAAAUCCAAAUCUACACCGGGAAGCUGACUGACGUAUGAUAAGAACGGGCGGUGAGUCAAGUACCGGGCCCUUCUCUGCCAGACUCGCAUGGUUUCGGACCAUGUUCCGGGUUUGCUGUUGAUUCUCUUUCAGGGAACGUCCACAAAUGACAGACUGGCAAUGGUCAACUGUCCAAUCCCAGGCUACAAAACAGGUCUAAAAUUAGCCACGGUAUUGCCGGACGGUGUCAAAUUUUGAACAUACAAGAGGCGUAUUCUGACUGAAAUGAGUGAGGUUGUGUGCCUAGCUGCCAGUGUGGUCGUCAAAAAAGCGCCAAACCACUGUUGCCAACUGCAGAUGACUAAGAUGGCUUCCGAGUCCGUUUUGGAGCGUGUUCCAGUCGCUACAUAUUAGGGACAUUAGUGUGGGAAGAGCGCCUCCCUGUGGAUACCUGCACUUUUGCAGUGUACGCUUCAGACGAACCAUGUCCACCGACAUAUUUUGUUGUCUGUUGAGGAGCUAGCUGAAUUCUUUGCUUUCCUUCCAGGCGUCAGAAGACGCUGACGCUUGUCGUGUCAUCAUUAGCGGCAACAGCGACAAGACUUUUUCUUGUGAACCACGGAGGCCUCUCACAGGAAGUACAAUUCGAAACAUUUGCCUCAACGGACGAUGAAAACGCUUUGGAGUAAAAGACUAUUUUUCUACUUUUCACCACAAACUCUUUCAAACAAAUGAGAACUUUCACUGCACCUUGUUUCGGACAGCCAUUGAAAAUGGCACGGUAUAUCGGUAGUAUUUAUUUUUCUAACCUGUAUGUGAACUUAAUUUAAUCUUGUUUUUUUGUUAAAGAAAUAAAUGCAAAGCAAUCAGG